AUGGCAACUUCACGCCGUCGUACGGAGCACGCGGCGCUCGUCGAGCAGCUCGUUGCUGUCAGGCAGAAGCAGCAAUUACUGUAUGAUGAAUCGUUAUUGUUUGCCCAUUCUUCUACAGAUCCAGAGAAAAUGGCAGCCCAGCGCUCACUGCGUUCGCUGUGUCAAAUGACACCUGAUGUGACCGUGCUGUGUGCACAGACUGGUGCGGUCGUAGAACGCGUUGCUAAUGCCAAUGAUAUUGCAGAGAAGAUGACACGUGAGGUGAGACAUCUGGAUGUGAUUCAGUCGCGUCUGAGUGUGGCGUUGAAACAGUCGGCGCAGCUUUUAGCGCUGCGUAACGCAUUGACGGGGAUCCGACUAGCUAUGCAACAGCAAAAGUAUCCAGAGGCUGCCACGUUUCUUCAGAAGCUCAAGAGCAUUGAAGAGCAAAUGCCACUGGAUGUAGCUGAUAAAUUACGCAUUGAUACGAUUGAGAAUGAUCUCAAAGGAAUCAUUGAAGGCGCGUUCGAUGAUGGACUGCGCGCUGGAGACAACCACCAGGUGCAGUUAUAUGCACCAUUGUUUCAAGUGGUGGGUAAAGACUAUGAAGAACGUGGACUAGUGAUAUUGUUGGACCAUGUGCACAAGUCAUUGAAAGAAUCGAUGAAACGGGACGAAGUAUUCAACCAAGUGGCACAAGAAGCACAGCAACAUGCGUCGUUGUUGUCGCAGUGCUUUGCACGAGUUUAUGGCCCAAAUCGCUUUGUGGCAAAGCUGUACGCACUGGGCGAGCAAUCGGCUGUUGCUGUGUUGAAUGCAUACAUGACACAACGCAUGUUCCACAAACGCAUUACAGAUGGAGAGCAGCUUGGAUUGCCAACUUCUGCCACUCCGUUGUCACCAUCAAAAUGCAGCGGUAACAGCGGUGGGACCGAAACAGCAUCUGGAAUUUCUGAGGAGGAUGAUGUAUCUGCCAUGAAUGAACAGCUAAAUGAAAUGGCCCUGGUGAUCCAGCACACGCAAACAUACGAGCGCUUUAUGCGCUCAAGGGUGGUGUCUGAAGCGACAGAUGAAGGAACCGAUGCCACGGAAGCUGGAAGUGGUAAACAAUCAAGUACUAUUAACGUCAAGGAUAGCACUAUGAUCCCCGUAUUGCCUCCAAUCCACGAGAGUGAGAUGGGGAAAACUGUCCAAGAGCUUGCAGGAUUCUACUGCUUUUUCGAGAACGCACUACUGAACAAGGCUGCUCAGAAAGCAUUUCAGUGGGAGGAACUUCAUUUCUCGUCCGACGAUUUGGGUUCGGGUAGUGUGAAGAUCGACGAAGUCGAUGUUGGCGAUGAGCUACUGUGUUUUCCAAUAUCAUCGGCCAUUGACGAGAUUUUUUACGUGGCACGUAACUCUGGGUUGCGUGCGUUGGCUACAGGUCAUGUCGACUGCGCGGCGGGAGUUCUCAACAUGAUUAACACGGUGUUACGUGACGUCAUUGGAGAUACGAUGCGAAGUCGCAUCCGACAUAUGACUACGUCCGCCAAGAUGGACAGAGCACCAGGAGAUGCGGCAAGCUUGUUGGCUGCUUCCUCUGCGCAGUUGCGUGAUCAGAUGCAACAACAGUUCGCGAAGCUCAGCAAGACUGUUGGGCCUGUGGGUGGUGUUAUCAAUGCCGAGAUUACUGGACAGGCGCUAGAACAACGCAAGGAACACGCUCCCGAUGUUGUACUGAAUAGUCUGGAAGUUAUCACCGGAUACAUUGCACAACUGAAGGGUGAGUUUGAACACGAACUACCCGAAGCCUUCCCAGAGGUGCCGCAGCACAUUUUGACUUGUCUGAAUGCACUCGAAGACGCAUCAGUUGAACUAAAGCAACUACUUUUGGCGUCGCGCAAAAAACUAUUGAAGCUCUUAGAACCACAGAUUGCUAUAUAUCUCAACAGCUUGUUAUCACCGUCCUCGUCGGCAUCCUCUGCGGCAGCUAUCUCGUCGUCUGGACAGAGACGAAACGGUGUGCAGUAUGAGCUAACAGAGGCAAUGUUCACGUUUAACGAGGCAAACGAUCCAUUUGCACAUGCGUUUGUACGCGGACUGCGCUCGUUACUUAGUGGCUUCCGUCGGAAUCUAUCGCGAAGCAAUUACCAUGCAAUUGUGCAAGGAGUGGCUCAAUGCGCGGCUAGUCAGAUUGAAUUUUGGUUCGUCGCUCGAGCUACUCGCGUAAACCAGCUUGGUGCGUUGCAAUUUGAUAAAGACGUGCGUGUCAUUAGCACUUUCUUUAGCGGUGAAGGUGGUGCCAGUGAUGCAAUACGUGAGGCAUUUGCUGCUUUGACUCAACUUUCCGAGGUAUUGAAUGUCGACAAUCCUCAAGACGUACUGGAGGUGUAUGGACGACAAUGCCGGGGUGUGGCUUGGACUUUACCGGCUGCUCGUGUGAAGGAAGUGCUUUCGCGUCGCGUGGACUUUGCCGAUGCAGCCAUUAAUAAGCUGAUAUUGACGUAG